AUGGCAACAGCAGCUGUUCGCGUGACUGACCAACAAUCGCGCGUGGGAAUUGGAGAGUUCCGUUUUUUGUCCUUGCUGUUUGCCAGCAUUACCCACUGCGCGGAUGCACAGGUAAGUGAGUGAAAGACUGGCUUUUCGGGUAUGGUUGCAUCUAUGAUGAUGAGUGCAUCGUCCAUCGACUUGAGGACGACGUCACCUUAUGCCCUCCUUUUGUGCCUCCAGUCAUGCUCCGUGUACAAGUACCUUAUCGAUUAAGCACCGUCGUGUGCAGAUGAUGUUUCCACGAAUCUGAGCUCAUAUCAGACCAGCCCUACGAUUUCAUUUCGGCCUGGAUACUCAUCCUUAUCAGUCGAAGAAAGACAGUCAAUCCAAGUCACCGCCCGCCAUAGCCUUAGCUACCGCCGUCAACAUGGGCGGCAAUCAAGCUCUUCAGGCCAAUGGCUUCACCAACACGGUGUCCACGAAUAACCACAUUACCGUUCGUGGUAGCGACUGGUAUUUUGCCGUCUGUGCUGUGAUGGCCUUUACCACUUUGGUUUUCAUGGGCCUAUCCUUCCGCAAGUCCAGAUCGCAACGGCUAUUCCACUAUAUCACAGCCGCCAUCACCCUUGUCGCCUCCAUUGCGUACUUCUGCAUGGGCUCCAAUCUUGGCUGGACCGCCAUCCAGGUGGAAUUCGAGCGCAGCAAUCCAAAGGAAGCUGGCAACAUGCGACAGAUCUUCUAUGUCCGAUACAUUGAUUGGUUCAUCACUACGCCUCUCCUGCUUACAGAUUUGUUGUUGACCUGUGGUCUCCCAACGCCUACCAUCCUUUAUGUCAUUCUGAUGAACGAGAUCAUGAUCGUUACUGGUCUCGUGGGCGCGCUUGUCAAGAGCUCCUACAAGUGGGGAUUUUACACGUUCGGUUGCGUCGCGUUCUUGUUCGUCGCGUACUCCGUGGUCUUCGAGGGUCGUGCCUACGCUCGCAUCCUUGGUCCGGAUAUCCUCAAGACCUACACUAUGUGCGGUGUUUGGACCAUCUUCCUGUGGUGUUUGUACCCAAUUGCCUGGGGCUUGAGUGAAGGUGGCAACGUCAUUCCGAGCGACUCAGAGGCUAUCUUCUAUGGUAUCCUUGACUUGCUUGCUAAGCCUGGUUUCGGUGCUCUUCUCAUCUGGGGUCAUCGCAAUAUUGAGGUCGAACGUCUUGGUCUUCACAUUCGCGACCCUGAAACCACUCCUAGUCCAUUCAGAGAGAAGAAAUCCGUUAAUGUCGCCUCGAAUGGUGUGACUAAUGGCCACAAUAGCACUGGUGCCGGUCAGGACUCUAGCACCGUAUAGAUGCAGUCUAUGAAGCAACCCAUUGUACGUCGAACCAGGUUGGAGUCAUGUGCUCUUCCACCGUCUUCAUGACGAUUGAACCAUCUGGUAUUGUUAUACGAUUCAGGGUCAUGUGUAAUCUUAAGGGGUUGUGGUGGUAGUUAUAUUGGAUGAAAGGAUCAUGAAGCACUAUGAUGCGGAUGGUACGAGUUAAUAUGUACAACAUCUUAGAGGAAGAAAGACUUUCAUGUUGCGUU